AUGUCGUUGUCUUUCUUCUAUGGGAAGCAACAGCUAUCUAUCCUACCAUGGCUGAAUCAAGUCAUGGAGAGCAACAUUGGGGCGGUUCAGGGGGAACUCCCUCCAGUUACUUGUGUCCUUCAUCAAACCGUCCAUAUGAGCUGGGAAACACCCAGUGCCAUUUCUAAGAGACAGCGGGACAAUGCCCAGUGCCUUCAUUGGAAUGGGAAGAAAUGGGAAGAAAUAUCACAGGAGAAUAAAGGGGGUAAUCCCUCGACUUUGGAUUUGCACUAUGGAGAGCGCAAGCCUUCGAAAAGGCGAGGCGACCCAAUCUUCCUCGUCGGUCCCGCCGUGAUUCCCAACGUGCUAAAUUACAUUAUCGAUGCUCAGACGUCCUUCGAUAUCACCGGGGACAUGACCCCAGCAAGCUUGGCUAACUACACUCUGCACUGCGGGAAAGUCUCGGACACAAUUCUAGACACACCGUCCGUGGUGUCCGUGUCAAACUCCUCAGGGUCAGGGGCAGGAACAUCAGAAGCAGCGACAAUCAACACCGUCACAGGACUCGCUAUCUUCAAUCUAUCCCACAAGGAGCGAACCAGCCUCCUCACUUUCGAAACAACACCGUUCAAACACAUUGAAUCCGUCCGCAUUACCAUCCGCCUUCUCCAACGGCGAAUGCAAAACCGUGGACGCAGGCGCUUUCGUCGAGACAGAGAUGUCAGACACAUUCACCUGCCCUUUCAAUCCCCCCCUACCCCUCCGACAUCGACCCACUUUUUCCCGGGAACAUGCUCACACGCCACCACAACGUAUCGGAUGUUGCGCCCUUCCUAA